AUGGGGCCCUCCAGCUGCUGCUGCUCCUUUCAUUCUCGUAGAUGUAUGCAGGUUGGCGGUCUUCGAUUUCUGCUGCACGUUAAUCCCGGUGCUCCUCCCCCUCCAGCAGGCAGCAGCCGCUGCUGCUGCAGCAGAGACUGCACCAGCAGCAAUGCAUGCAGCAGCACCUAUGGUCGCCAGCAGCAGCAGCAGCAGCAGCAGCAGCAGCAACAGCAGAGUGUAACAAGUGAUGAAGGCACACAAAAUGGAGACGCAAACGCCGUCAAAAGCAAAAGGCGCUGCACCGAAGCAAACUCUUUUCAACAGCAGCAGCUGCAGCAGCAGCAGCAGCAGCAGCGGCAAAUAUCCGAUAGCUAUCAAGAUGCAUCAUCUGAGGAGUUGAAAUGCAGAAGAGUUCGCCCCCAUGGCCUACUUGCACACCACCACAAGCAGCAGCAGCAGCAGCAGCAACAGCAGCAGCAGCAGCAGCAAGGAGGAUGCCCCCGUUGCGGUUGCAAGGGUGUUCUCCCUGGCUAUGCUGCUGCUGCAGCAGCAGCAGCUGCUGCAGCAUCAGCUGCUGCUUUUACUCCUGUUUAUUCACCUCACUGUCCCCGACGCCUCUUCUCUGUUAAUGCAGGAGACCCUAAACUUUAUGUUGGUGGGGGCUCUAUUAAUCUUGCUUUUCUUCAAGCCUUACAACAGAGCCCCAAACACAAACAAACACAAAAAACAAUAUCAAACAAACCCUAUAAACUACCCUCAGCAGAACUCACAAGGGGCCCCCAAGGGGGCCCCCCAGGGGGCUUCACAGGGGGCCCUCUAGGUGGCUGCUCAGAGGAAGCUACGGGGGGCUCCUCAGGGGGCCCCACAGGGGGCCCCACAAAGGGCCCCUCAGGGGGCCCCCCAGGGGGCCCCUCUGGAGCUGCUGCAGGGGGCCCCUUAGGGGGCCCCUUAGAGGGGCCGCAUUGGAUUGCUGAUUUGCAUAUGAAGAGUGAUUGGGGGAGCUUGAUGGGGGCCCUUCAUUUAUCUGUUUUAAAUGCAGCAAGAGAAUCUAAUACAGCUACUGCUAUGAUGAAGUGCAGGGGGCCCCCUGUAGAGGGUCUAGGGGGCCCCCCUUCAAUGGGGGACCCCAGUCUAUGGAGUACCCCUUUUUGCUGCUUAUACGGUAUGACCCCUAGAGAAGAAGAAAGGAGACAGUUCGAUAUAAAGGACACAGAUGCAUUUGUUUGUCUCUCUCUCAUUCGCAGCAGCAAGAGACCCCUACAUCCUAACAACUUCGGCAUGGCGUAUGUUGUGGGCCCCAAGGGGUGGGCGUACACCCCAGAGAAAUUCUAUCAAACACUCUUUGUUUUGUCUCGGAAUCUCCUUCGUUUGAUUCUUCUCUUUAAUGAUAUGCACACCCAAGGGGGCCCCCAAGGGGCCCCCAAAGGGGGCCCCUUUGGGGGCCCCCCUGUGCAGCAGUUGCGAGUACCCUUAGUAUCUGGAGGUGUAUUUAAGGGCGACAAAGACGCUUUUUUAAUUGCUGCUGCGCUUAUAAGAGGGUUUUUUGCUGCUGCAGAAGAAUGGAGACAGCGCAGCAAAAGAAGAGGGGCCCCCGGGGGCCCCCUAAUGCAGCAAGGGUUGGGUGGUAAAGAAGAGGGGGGCCCCCUGUCUUUAAAUAAUAAAGAUGCAGCAAGUGCAAACGAAGAUAAGAACAGCACCCUGACCGUUGCUUCAGAACCUGUAGCAGCAGCAGCAGCAGCAGACGGGGACGGGGGUGGGGGCCCCCUACAGGGGCCCCUAAGAGGCCCCAGUGGGGCCCCCCAACACGGAGAGGAGCGCAGCAAACCAACAAACGAAAACUCCUACGCAAAGGGGGCCCCUUCAAAUGCUGCUGCUGGCUGCAUGGGGACAGACUGCAGCAGCAGCAGCAGCAGCAGCAGCACGAACUGCAACAGCAGCAGCAGCACAAGCAGCAGCAGCAGCAGCAGCAGCAGGAACGGCAACGACAACGGGUGCUGCAGCAGUAGCAACAGCAUCAGCAACAACAGCAGCAAGGACUGCAGCAGCAGCAGCAGCAGCUGCUGCUGCUGCUGCUGCUGCUGCUGCACAUUCGAGGGUGAUGAUUGCUUUCCUGUUAUUGAACUGGCUAAAGUAAAUGGAGAUGUCUUCUACAAGGCUUUAAUUCAUUUGUUUAAAGAACAACAAGCAGGGGGGGACCUAGGGGCCCCCCCUUCUGCCUCUAUGAGUACACGGGGGGCCCCAAGGGGCCCCCAUGGGCUCCCUAGAGGCCUCUAG